AGAACCUCGCCACAGACGUCAUUCUUCGCCGACACAUAGAAAUGCGGUCAAACGUAGAACCAAUAUGGGUUCAAUGGUCUACUCUAAUAACACUGUUGCUGACCAAGAAUCCGGGAGUUUGGAAGAUGAUGUAUAUAUGCCGAUGAUGGCUUACAGUGUUGGCACGUUGGACCAACGUGGAGCAGAACCAUCCCAUUUGUCGAAAUCUCGAACUACGUGUAAGUAUAUAUUGUACACAUACACAGCCAAUUCAAAAAAGGCCGGUUGUCCUUCAAAAAAGGUUGUCCUUCAAUAGUCUUAAACAUUGAGGGCAAGGUAUGAUGGGUACUGCAUGCUUAUUUGGAGUCUAAGUUUGGUCAUUAGCUUUGUGAACCAAAUAUAAUAGCCCUACAUCGAAAGUGUUCAUUAUACAUGCCCUAACAUUGUUGCAACCGCAAAUUUCCCGAGGCAAAUGUUUAAGGUUUAAGAUUUCUGAAGGACAACUUUUUUUGAAUUGACUGUAUCAUUAUUUGUGAAGCCUAUUAAUAAUUCAUGCGCGUCGUCGGGGGAUUAUAGGUUGCAUCAUGCCAUCAUAUGAACACCUUUUGUAGAUGGUAAUCUUAUAGUUAUCUAAUCCCCCCCAAAUUUCACGAUAUAUAGAGGCUGAGCUUAAUUUUUAGCCUAUCAAUGUCUUUAGGGCACCCUAAGUUAUAGUUAGAUAUAUAUAGUUAUAGCUUUGUUACACAGUUAUUCAGCUAUCAUUCAAAAGCUUUCAGAAAGUUUUUUUUUGGGGGGGUUGUCCUGCCCCCUUCUAGUGUCCACCAUUGAUCAAACUGUUGGAAAUCCUAGUUAUCGUUUAUUCAAACAAUGUUUUACAUUCAAUCCAACUAACCAAUUCUACAUACAUUCCAUACAAUCUCUAAAACCUUACAGUAAGACAGUCUAGAAUAAUGCCUAUAAACAUUUUAACUACAACAAUAUUUUACAUUCAUAUUUUUACUCCAAAAUUAGGAACAAAAUACUUUAGUUCACAUGUCAUGUUUUAACCACACAAAGUUCUUCCCCCCAAACCUACUCAACUAUAUAAGAUUUGCACCUGAAGUUUGACCUGUGUUUGUUAAUUAAAGGUUUUUUAUUUUCAAAGCUUCAGUACACAAGUCUGCAAUGACAACACAGUCAACGUUUGGCCAGCAAUCUUUCUUGGAAAACACCACAAGCUCCAUGAACGAUUCCAGCAAUCAAAACAACCAUGACCAUCCCAACAUUGAUGACCUCAUGUCUUCUUCAAAACUCAAGAUUUGUUUGUGUCCUCCUGAUGCAGAGUUACCAGGAUUUGAUCGCAAUGAAUUUACGUAAGUUAAGACCACCAUUUGGUUUUAAUUAUUUAACAAUUAUUCACCGAAGGCGAGGUGAUUAUCGGUGAAUAAAAACCGAGACGAAGUCGAGGUUUUUAUUCACGAUAAUCACCGAGCCUGAGGUGAAUAAUUGUUUUAGUAUAAUUUCAUAGGUGAUUAUUUGGAAAAAAAUUAAAAAAUGCACAUUUCUUCGUCUUUUAAUUAACAAAACGGCUUCGGCCGCCAUUUUGAAAAUCGCUUAGGUGAUUAUCGCGUAAUAAUCACCUCAACGGUAACCAAUCAGCGUGGAGAAUUUUCAAUAAUCACCUAUGUAAUUAUACUAAAUUCUGUUAACCCAUUAACUGCCAGUACUCUCCCCUUGACGAGUAAAAUCGUCUGUCGGUAGUAACAUUAGAGCAUUAGAGCACAUUGCCACUUACAUGUAAAGGGUUAACAAGACUCAUAAGCAUGUAGUGUGAUUAACUUAAUGAGUGCAGGACUCUCCCAUUAACGAGUAAAAUCGACUGGCGUUAGCCGUUAGACAGAGUGAAAUAAAGAGGGAACAUUAGCGCGCAUUGAACUAUGGUCCCAGAAAUUUUCAUAUUAAUACGUUUGAUAGCAUUGCCGCUUAAAGAGUUAAUUUGCGUUUCCUCAAUAAAAACACUGGACCAGCAAGUGUUGGUUCUUACUGGACUUCUAUGCAAAGCAAUGUAGAUUUAUAUUACAAUAUCUUUAUUCAUUUAGACUGCUUCAACUUCUCCACUUUCCCCGAGAGCUUGCUCGACAAUUAACUCUGAUCGACCACGAAUUAUUUCGCGACAUAACGACUGCAGACGUCUUGAAAAGAGUUUCCGAAGGCUCGCACAAGAAACGGAAGAAAGGCGAAGAUGAUUUUGAAAGAACCACGGUCGAGUUAUUUUCUGAUCGUUUCAAUCAGUUAAGUUCCUGGGUGGUGGCUAGUCUUAUUAAAGAGGAAUCCGAUCAGAACACUGCUGAUAUGUUCAUACAGUUUAUUGAGACUGCCAAGGUAAAAAAUGAUGUUUUAAUUUAGAUGCGCCAUACACACUGGUUAGCACAUGUGCCCUCAACCUUUGUAACUGUGUUUCCAUUCCUGCAAUAUGAAAUUUUUGAGUUCUCACUUGAGAAGUGCUUCCAAUUGUCUUUACGAAACACCACUGGUUUAUUUAUACAAUAUCUUACCAUAACAUACCUUGUCAUAACAUACCAUGCCUUACUAUAACAUGCCAUGACAUACCAUAUCAGACUACACCAUACUAGACUACACCAUACUAUACUAAACUACACCAUACUAUACCAUACUAAACCAUGCUUUACCCACACCUUAGCAUACUGUAACAUACCAUACCUUACCAAAUCAGACAACACCAUAACAUACCAUAACAUAACAUACUAUACAAUAUCAUACUUUACCAUACUUUACCAUACUUUACCCUCACCAUAAUAUACCUUACCAUACCGUACAUAUCAUACCUUACCAUAUCAUAUCAGACCACACCAUGACACUAUAUUAUACCACACCAUACUACACCAAACCACAUUACUGAAUGGUCUGUGCCAGUGUAGGUGGUGCUAAUAAUAAGAAAACGUCGACGAAUGGACCUUUCACCUUUUGACUAAAAUUUAGAUCUCAACAAGUCUGGACAAAAAUUUUAUCACAGCUUGAAAGAGCAUCACAAAAUUAGUAAUAUUCCAAAGUUUCAUUGCGAAAUGUUGUAAAAUGCGGAUAAUAUAGCCUUGCGAAGUACAUACCUCCUUCGAAAAAGGGGUAUGUAUUUCCCGUUUGUAAUACAAAAUGACUGAAAAUUGCAAACUUCGCAAGGCCAUAUUAUCCGCAUUUUACAACAUUUCGCAACGAAACUUCGGAAUAUUACUAAUUUUGUGAUGCUCUUUCAAGCUGUGAUAAAAUUUUUGUCUAGACGUUUUGAAAUCUAAAUUUUAGUCAAAAGGUGAAAGGUCCAUUGAUACAGCCACCUGUAGUAGUCACUAGUAAUAUACCAUAUCAUGCCAUAGUUUACCAGACCAUACUUUAUCAUAACAUGCAUGCCAUGCCAGCCAUGUCAUACCACACCACACCACACCAUAGUAUGGAAGGAACUAGGCUGACCUCUGAAAGAUUAUCACCUACUUGAACCGCUCAUUAGGUAGAGCAUUGGACUACCAAACUAAAGGUCGCAGGUUCGAUUAACACUACGUUCAAGCAGUUUUUCAGCUUGCCCGGUGUGGAGUAACUCAAAGUACCAUCAUCUAAUACAACUACUGUUCUUUUAGCAAUGUCUUGAGCUACGCAAUUACAAUGCGGUAAUGGCCAUUGGUGUCGGGGCUCUAUGUAGCGCUCCUGUGCGACGACUACGCAAAGCCAUCCCAGAUCUGAUCCCGAAAAAAUAUCUUGAUCAACUGCACAUAAUGGAAGUACUCAUGGAUUCCAGGGAGAAUCACAAGAAAUAUCGUGAAUCUUUGAAAAUCUGUCCAAGUCCUGCUGUGCCAUAUUUCGGUAAGCUUAUUAAUUUGUCUUUUUCUUAUUGAGAAAUUAUUUACUCCGGUUUCAUCUCACUGGGAAUGAUGACAGGGUGGGUUGGGAUAAGCUCCAAACUGACCCUUAAUUCCACCGUAUUGUAGCUGUGCUACUUGAUCAGACAUGAGCCAAGAUGGCUGCCAGAGGCACCCUUAAUUUAAAAAGCCUUCGACUUGAUCAGGUUGAGCUGCGUCCUUCGUAAUAAAGGUGAUUCAUCAGUUUUGCAUUGCGCACUUUUACUGCGCAUAUCCAGUAGCAAAUUCUAGCCAAUGUAUGUAAUCAAACUGCUAUGUAAAGUAAGGGCAAAGAGAAAAACACUUUGCAUUCAUUAGGCGUGCUUCAGGAAAUAUACCUUCAAAAAUGACAGUACUCUGGCUAGGGCUUCUGUGCAACUGACACUAAACCACAUCAUGAUGCAUGUUUAACCCUUGAAUCUUUUUAAGAGAUUCUACAACUUAUAAUACAUUUCUAUAACUUAUAAUAUUUUACAUUUUUUGCGCAUGCUUCCCAAAAUAACAGGUCUGGGAAGAUGGGAAGACAUCUUUGCACCACGACAAUGCACGUCAAUGGUUUUUGAUUCGCUAAAAUGCCAUGUUUUCGUGUAUAUACAGGAUCCUUGUUAAAAAAAUUCAAUAACGUUUGAGCAAAUGCGAUUGUUCCUGUAACUUGUAAAAGGGUCAAGAUGGCGCCAUGUGGGGGAAAAGGUGGCAUAUUGCACUUGUCGUAUCUUUGAAACGAGUUGGGUGACCCCAUCUUUUUUUCUGUUUUUACUAUGUAUGAGCAUUUCACAAGCUUCACCCAUGGGAAGUUUCAGCAAAUUCUCAUUUCCAGAACAAUUACUGAUGAAUCACCUUAAGCUUGCCUCACAACCGCAAGUGAGGAUGAGUAUAGCACACUCACAUUUACUUACUUAUCACAUGUAAAAAGAUUGCUUCCGGUUUUCUCUAUCAGACACCACAAUAUUCUCCGGGUACUCCGAUUUCCUUUUGUAGUAACACUAAACCAAUAAGGUAUAAUAAUUGCUCUUACUUUGUGUACCUCUAGGGAAAACAGUUAAAUAGAGCUAUCUUUCUUUGGAUGACCCUUACUGGGUCUGUAUGAAGGACAACAUAGAACAGAUAGAGCUAUCCAUAUAAAUAAAGUUAGUUGCUUAUUUAUAGUGGAAAUACGUUUCCUAAAGUACAUCACUUUACUCUUUCUCUAGGCGUGUAUUUGAAAGAUCUAAUAUAUAUCUCGGAAGGUAACCCAGACUACCUUAACGGUGGCAUGGUCAAUCUAGGCAAACGUAGACUGUUGUAUGCAGUGCUACAUCAGAUCCGAAGAUUCCAAGUUAAAUCAUACAAUUUUGAACAGGUAUGUAGAUUUGCCUCGUUUGUUACAAUGUGCAUAUCGAUGCAAUGUUUUUAUGAGAUAAGUUUUCAAAUCUUUCUCCUAGGUGCCCGAAAUCCAAGAAUAUCUUUUGAACACAGAGCGAUAUACGGACGAAGAAUUGCAUCGGAUGUCUCGUAAACUGGACACGAGUUCCAGACAUACCAUAUCUGAAGGCAGUCGCGAAGUAUCUAUGUCUGUAUCGGGUGUCUCGAUUGUGUGAACGCGGAGGAAUGAGGACGAGCGAGUUACAUGACUAAGGUCAGAUAAUAUUUGUGGUGUAUGCGAUCUGUAGUUGGGCAUCGCAUCGGUGAAAUCCGAGAAUUAUUGGUAGGCUUUUUCUGUGAAGAGACUUUGCCAAUAUACAAAGGUUGUGUUUUUAUAAAACUAGUCGAGUUUGGUGGAAUAUUCCAUGACAAUUAAGGUUAGGUAGCCUUUGCAAAGUGAAAAGAAGGCAGCUAACCUAUAAUUGAAUGGGGAAUUGAAGAACGGAAAUGCUGAGGAUAUGGAUAUCAAAUGCAUAAAAUGAAUGUGAGCAGUUGGUAGCUAGGUUUAUAUGUGUGAUAAAACAUGUCGAGGUCUGUUGCGUGGAAUGCAGAUAACCUUUGUUUUUCUCCAAGAAAGUGGAUUUAUAUAUGGAACACGAGAUGACCUUUGCUUCGCCUUUUGGAGUUGUGUUCAAGAAUGCAGUAUUCAUUACCAUACACAAUACCGUAUUCUCGAGACUUUAAAUUGGAGAUUGCUGCAAGCUAGCGUAUUCUUUGAAGAAUGAGCCAAGAUAUCCAAGAAAAUAUGUGCUAUUUUGUAUCUGAAAAAAGUUAAGUGUACAAAGACAUCAACAUUGCAAAUGAGUGAAAAACAUUUCUAUUUAACAAACGCAUUAUUUUCAUGUCUACAUUUUGAAAAUAGAAAAUUCAAAAAAAAAUAUUAACAUAGGAACAUGGUAGUACGUUCACCGACCUAUAGAUAGAUAUAUAGUAUUGUAUUAAGUGUACAUUGUACGAAUCAGUUGUAAUGCAAGCAUACGUUUUGGUUGUACUUAGUUAAAAUUUCCAAAUUUUAUACAUGGAAUUUUGUGUUGUUCCCAUAUCUCACAAAGACGCUAUGGCACUAUACACAAUUUUGUGUGUCGAAGACGUGUUCUGCAUCGCGCUAAAUUGCGAACGUGUAGUUGAGACUGCAAUCAUUAUGCAUUGUCAAAAUAUUGAACUGUUCAAUCAUCAUUUGUGUUUCACCACAACAGACUUGUCAUUAAAUAAUUUUUUUUCUACUAGUCUUUUUGUCUAAGGCAAAGCAAAGAAACACACACUUAAGCUUGGUUUCCAAAUGGUCGUAACGGACGUAAAGAUCGUGUCACGAUCUUUCCCAUCAAGAUUGAGUCGCGUCCUUUUCUCAUCAAGAUUGAGUCACGAUCUUUCUCAUCAAGAUUGAGUCACGAUCUUUCUCAUCAAGAUUGAGUCACGACCUUUCUCAUCAGUCGAAAUACAACAUUUUAGAACUGAAAAUACGCGGAGUGAUUAUAACUACUUCUGAUUUAUAUGUGGUUUACAGGUAUAAAAUGUUACAAGCUCUCUGUCGAGAAAGAUCGUGACUUUAUUUUUACGAUCAUUCCGACCAUAUGGAAACCGGGCUUUAUAGGAGUAUAUUUUAUAAUUGAAAGCCAGUCAACCGUAGCCAGAACUAAUUGUUUUUCUAGUAACGUUUUUGCAUUUUAAAUUUCAAGUGAAGAUUGAACCACUGAUCUGCCAAUUAGGACUCCGCUGCAUGUGCAUAAAUGAAGGCAAUGGCGGCCAUUUUGGUGUGACCACCACAAAUCUACUGUGGUUUUACUGACUUGCUACAACGUUCUUGAGCUCAACUGACUUGUUACAAGUGUUGAGUGACAACCUUUUAACAACUUGAUAAAAUAACAACAUUGUUACAAGUUUUUGAAAAGCUUGCUACAAGGCUGUUGCUAACGCAUCUCGUUGAAAAGUUUUGAGAUUGAAUACUUGCCGAUUGAAUUCAAAAGAUACUUUAUCCAGUGCUACUAUUUAGGUCAGUGGAUUGAACAGUUGAAUAUUUUGAUAUGCGCAUUUUAAUGUCUCGCCACGCGACACACCGAAUUGAUGUAUUGGAAAACAUAUUUUCCAUUGUACUUUAAAAUCUUUUCGCAAGAUUCAAAUUAAUGUUGUGUAGAAUAGAUAUUUAUUACUGCAGACUUUGAUAUUAUUAUAUGUGUAAUUUAGGCGUGCAUUAUUGUUGCAUGUAAACUUUUUUCUCUGAAGGAUCAUCUACACUAUCUGGCAAGGUGAUCACGAAAAUUGUUUUUGUUGUGAACCAUCCUUUAGAUUGUUGAUGUCUGUAAGAUAGUGCAUAGGGUUGUCACUAUACUAGAGUAUAUUUCUAUAACAAAACCGAAACGAAGAUAUUUAUUUUAUUUAAUAAAAUUUCAUGAUAAAG